AUGCGCCGCAGCGCGUCGUCUGCCGUCCUUUCCAGCACCACGCGCUCUAUGUUCUGGUGGUCCAUGAGCACGUUGCGCAGCACAGAGCCCUCAGCCCCCGGCGGGAACACCAGGGCGCGCUCCACGGUGAGCACGUCCGGCGCGGCCGCCAGGUGGGCCGGCACCACAUGGGGUGGGUGGUCAAAGUUGUAG